AUUGCUCGGUUCAACGAGUGUGUCAUCGCUGAGGGCGGCGCACCACCGUCGUGACCAUGCGCCGUCGAAAGCUACAGGACCUGCGUGUAUUGAGCUUUAACCUCCUUGCGCCUUGCUACUUCCGUCAUGGCGGCCGGCUCGAAGCCACGGACUCACGGCAAUACAUGGGUCGCCUCGGUGCGUUGGUGUCCCCGCUCAAAGCCGAGCUCGCCAACAUCAUGUGCCUGCAGGAGUUUUGGUUUGACGAAACGUACAUGCGGACGUUCCAGUCGCAUUUUCCAAAUUUUAGUUGCUACGCAUCCAAGCGCCCGGGGCUCAAGGAGGACGGGCUCGCGAUAUUCAUCGACCACUCCAAGUUGGCGAUCCACAACUUUCGCCAGCUCGAUUUCGACAAGGCCGGCGAGCGCGUCGCCAUGCUCAUGCACUUGAGCUUCCUUCCAAACUUGCUACCGACGCACACGCACUCGUUCAUGGAGCGGUCGUUCCUUCUCAUCAACACGCAUCUCACGUUUCCACACUCGGACAUCAACCGUGUCAUGCGAAUGAACCAGAUUGAGACUAUGCUCGACGCUAUCCAGGAAUACCAGCGCAAGGAGCACCUCGAGCAAUGUCCGGUGAUCAUGUGUGGCGAUUUCAACGACAUCUACGACCCAGUUCACAACCUCGUCAUGAGCCAAGGCUUCCAGAGCGUCUUUGCCGAAGUCCACGGCCGCGAGGCCAAGAUUACGCACUGCAACCACAACAACAGUGAAGUCGGUGUCGACUUCAUCUUUAGCUACAACCCGCCGGCGCCGCCUCAAGCGCCCAAGGACCUCGAAAAACAUGUGAUUCUCCUACCCAACUCAUGCGACCUCCUGCCUCGGUCUCUGCCCGAUUCGACACGAUUAAAACGGCCCGAGUUUCUCUCUCCAAUGACUCCAUGGGAAGCCGUGCAGUUUGAAGACUCGACGGCGCAAUCGAUCUCGGACGCCGUCGACUACUGGCGCCUUGUCUCGGACCACCGGCCUUUAGUGGCCAAAUUUGAAGUCGAUACGAAUUCGUUGUAGCUCAGUCUUACGGACGACGAUGUAGCAAUUGGUUGGUGUUCGUGUCACAUAGUUCGAUCCAUUGUCCUUGCAUGGAAUGCGAUGCCAUGAAAGAUCGAUUCCCACGACUAGUAGAUCAAAUCCAGCCACUUUUAGCCGGUGCCUUUCCCAGGAUGCCUUCGAACGACGUCGCUGUACAAGGAGCAUCAGCACCACCUCGACAUCUUCCACAUCUGGGCUCUGGAACGAUCACGGGUCGUUGUCGUGUCCACAAGGCAAGCACUCAUGAAACUUUUCAUCAUGUUGUCUCGCGAUUACAUCGAAC